AUGGCCAAGGGGGGCCAGGUCAGAACAAGGUUGCGGCUAACUCCCUCCCAAUCCACCUCGUCUCUCACGGAGCGGGACUCUGUUCCGCCCGCAGAGAAAGUUCAUCUAGGGUGCGUCGCUUCGCAGGCCACACCGGGUGAUGCUUCCCACAGCACCGUCCUUCCCAAGGGCCCACUAGACGAUGAUUGGAUGCAAGCUCCCAUGGCCAGCUGGCGAGCAUCGCCACGCUGCCGCUGCAAAGGGACCCCCCUCGGCGCGCAGGGGACGGCGCAACCGCUCGACUUUGAUAUUUACGUGAUCUCAGAUGGAGGAGGGCGCCUCGGGUCUCAGCUAGGGCCCGACCGCGAUGCGUAUCUGUCCAACUCGCGCCUCCGGGCGCACGACUCGCUUCCUCUGGAUUGGGGCCAUCAGAAAUCAGACCUCAAACUCCAUCCGACGGCGUCACAUCUCUGCAUGGAACCGCCCCUAACUGCCCACCCACCACCCCCUGAUUUCAAUGAUCCAACCAUCCCGAUCACGUCAGAGGGUGACUCAGAAGACGCAUCCCUGCUCGUUGCCCACCGCGCGGCGGAACGCCAGGGAAGCAUCCGAACAGUUCCGCGCCGUCGAGCCGUCCGAGGCUUGUGGGUCGAGCGAGCGAGCAGACGCGUCGAGAAGCCAUCUGCCCGCCGGGGGUCCCUCCUGCCGGAUGGGACACGCCCCCUCGCAGGUGACUGCGAUCGGACAGAUGCUGACAGCCACGGCUGCACAUCGAUCUCCCUCGCCCCGCCUCCGUCUGCGUCGUCCCGUAACUCUGACCGCAAUGCGGCCGGACUCGCUACCGCCGCGACGGUGGCCCUAAGAUGCAUACACGUAUUCACGCCGCCUUCUCGUGGCUUGACGUCCGCGAGGGUGCACGACGAUCCUGUAGACGCGCUCCGGAAAUAG